UACGAUUGCUUAUCGCUUGCAUAAAGUUAAAGUGAACGUAUUGACCGCGUAACUCGAAUGAAGUAACUAAAAUAAAAUAAACUCUGGGUGCAGUUUUUAAAGUAGUUAUUUCAUUAAGUGUCUAAACACUAAAAGGCUUACGUUAAUAAUCAAACUAUAUAAACGAGUUUUAAAAAAUUGUGCCAUUUAUUAAGAGUCCAAAACAAGAGACAAUUAAAAUGGCAACAGAAAAACUAACGGAAAAAGAUAACUACAUCGAGGACAAAAAUAUUUCAGCUAUCCAAGGAAGCACGGUGAAAUUAAAAAGAGAAUUAGGCUUAUUUUCUGCAGUUAAUUUGAUCCUAGGUGUAAUGAUUGGUUCUGGAAUUUUUGUAUCGCCAGCAUCAGCUUUGGAACAUUCUGGUUCAGUGGGCUUAUGCCUUAUUAUAUGGACUGUCUCAGGAAUCAUAUCACUAUUAGGAGCCUUAUCUUUUGCUGAGUUGGGUACUGUUGUCGGCAAGUCAGGAGCAGAAUAUGCAUAUUUUCAAGAGGCAUUUGGUAAAACUCACAAGUUUUGGGGACCUUUACCUUCAUUUAUUUGUGCUUGGAUUUAUGUCAUGAUACUGAGGCCUGCUGAAGUUGCAAUCAUAGUAAUGACAUUCGCCGAAUAUGCGAUACAACCAUUUACACUAAGUUUGCAAGAAGAUUACAAGGAUACAGUUAUUAAACUAACAUCGCUGUCCGCUCUUUUUAUAAUGACAUACAUUAACAUAACAAGCGUAAAAUUGUUUGUGAAGGUUCAAAACAUAUUUGGAAUAUGUAAAGUAUUUGCCUGUCUCAUUGUUAUUGGAGGAGGUAUUUACGAAAUUGUCAAAGGUAACACUGAACACCUGGACAAAGGAUUUGAAGGUAGCACAACCAGUGCAGGAGGUGUAGCAUUGGCGCUGUAUUCUGGCCUUUGGGCGUACGAUGGCUGGAACAGCGUGACAGUUGUAACUGAGGAAAUCAUAAACCCCGGGGUGAAUGUCCCACUCAGCAUAUCGAUCGCAGUGCCCCUAAUCACGAUCCUGUACGUGUUCAUGAACGUAGCCUACAUGUCUGUAUUGAGUUACGCGGAGAUGACGUCAGUGCCAGCCGUUGCUGUGGCGUUUGGCACCAAGGUUCUGGGUCCCGCGAGCUUUCUGAUACCAUUAGGCGUUGCCAUAGCGACGUUCGGAUGUGCAAUGAGCGUGCAGUUUGGUGUUACCAGGGUCUGCUAUACUGCUGCGCGCGGCGGUCACAUGCUGGAGAUGUUUUCAUACGUCAAUGUUAAACGUAUGACGCCUGCACCUGCGGUGGCAUUCCAAGCGAUCCUCACUUCAAUAUUCAUCAUAGUCGGCAACAUUCGGACACUGAUCGAGUUCGCCAGUUGGUUCCUUUGGUUCUUCUACGGUCUUGCGAUGGUGGCUUUGCUCGUACUCAGAAGGACUCAAGCGGCUAAACCCAGACCGUACAGAGUGCCAACGCUAGUACCAUGCUUCGUACUCCUCGUAGCUGUGUUCUUAUCGGUACUGCCUAUUGUACACGACCCGUCGCUUAAGUACCUGAUGGCGGUUGGGUUCAUAGUGAUGGGAGCUGUGGUGUACACGGUGUUUGUGUACCAUAAGAAAACUCCUACCGCUCUUUUAAGAAAAAUCACAUUCCUGACUCAAGUGCUGUUUGAGAGUGUGCCACCAAGUAAUCGUCAAGACUGAGAAUUUAUUAUAUAAUACAUAAGUUAAAAAUUUGAUACGCCUAUAUUUGUAAAUAUUGUUUUAAAAAUAGUAUAGUUAGUUAUUUAAGAAUGGACCUAUAUAAAAUAUUUCAUUAAAUUUGUACACUACCUAC